GUACCAAUGACUAGGAGUAAUAUUAUCUGCCAUUGGUCCCGCCACAGCCUUAAAAUAGCAUUGUAAUUUACAAGCCAUCGAUGUGGUAAAUCUCUGUUUUGUCUCAUCAAAGAUGUUCAGAUGAAACACAAAGAAAACCUCCGGGUGCUAAGUGAGAUGCUUGAAUUGAAAACAAUCCUGACGUCGGAGAAGAUUGAGAUUUCGCAGCUGGGUGGCCGAUAUACUGAACUGACAAUUAUUUCUCCAUUACGUCAGUGGAAGCUCGUGGAACACGAACUCUUGUCACGCGGGAAAGAACACGAAGAAUGUCGAGAACAGCAUCUCCAGAGAGAAUUGGAAAAGACACGAAUUGAUCAGUUAUUUCGGAGCAGUUUUACUGGGGAAAUGCGUUUGAUGGAGAGGUCAACUAGCGAUGCUGUGGUACUUAAUACGGGGUGUUCAGCGGUUGCCUGUGGAGUCCCAGGCAUUGGUAAAACAACAUUAGUGCAGAAGAUAAUUCAUGAUUGGGCGACAGGAACCAUCUACCCAUACUUCCAAUUUGUUUUUAGUUUUAAAUUCCGCGACCUGAAUAGCAUAAGGAGCAAAGUGACGUUGAAAGAUUUGAUAUUAAAUUCCUAUCCUUACCUGGCGACACUUCUGGAAGAGCUUUGGAAGAAUCCAACUGUUUUGUUGUUUAUCUUUGAUGGUUUUGAUGAAUUCAAUGGUUUUAUUGAUUUCGCUGACAGAGGGGGAGUGACAGAGCCCAAACACAUGUGCUUCGAUCCCGAGUGGCCGUGUGAAGUCUCUGAUAUAGUGUAUAGCUUAAUCCAGCGCAAGUUGCUCCCAGGAUGUUCAGUGCUGUUGACCACACGCCCGGCCUCACUAAAUUUACUAGAACAAGCUGACAUUAAUGUUCGGGUUGAAAUCCUGGGAUUUGUAGGUGAGCAAAGGAAGGAAUAUUUCAACCGUUUUUUUGGAGAUCGGGCGGUGGCAGAAGCUGUUUUCAAACACGUGAAGGAGAACGAGAUCCUAUACACCAUGAGCUACAACCCCUCAUACUGCUGCAUCUUGGGACUUACACUGGGCCCUUUCUUCAUGCAUAAAGGCAGAGACCUGAAGCUAAUACCCAAGACAACUACCCAACUGUAUUCCUACUAUGUUUACAACAUCUUGACAAAACACAGCUCAGAGACUAAGAAUGUUUGUGACGUGUUAUUGAGAGUUGGUCAGAUGGCCUUCAUCGGAGUGUCUGAGAAGAAAAUUGUGUUUCAAAAUGAAGAUUUGAUGAAGCACAAUCUACAGCCUUCCCAGGUUUUGUCCGGGUUCUUGGUGGAACUUCGGGAGACAGUUACCACUGGCUCUCGGGUGGUGUACACCUUCCCGCACCUCACGAUCCAGGAGUUUGUAGCCGCACUCGCACUAUUCCUAUGUCCAUAUCCAGGGGAUAUCAAGAAACUCCUCACUGAAGCCCACAGCGCGAAAGAUGGGCGGUUUGAGGUAUUUCUCCAUUUCGUUGCUGGCCUCUCCUCCCCAGGAUCAUCUAAACCGCUGAUGGAGUUUGUGGAUCAAUUUCCUGAGGAAAGCAUCCACCAAGUGAUUGAUUGGGUGAAGGAGAACGUGGAUAAUCAGAUUGGAAGCUCAUGGAGUGAAAGGGGCAAAAGGAAUCUGUUAAAAACAUUGCACUAUCUGUUUGAGUGUCAGAAUCCUGCAGUUGCACAAGCCACAUUGGGAUCAGUACCAAGACUUACAUUUGGAGAUGCGGAUGCAAAGAAGGCAUUAUCACUCACACCAAUUGACUGUGCAGUGCUUUCGCACGCCAUUGGACUCUGUCGCACAAUAAACGAGCUUGAUCUUCGCAAUUGCUGCAUUCAAUACGAAGGGAUGCUGCGUCUUGAGGCGGUACUACACAAGUGCCAAGUCUUGAGGUUAGAAGGAAAUAACCUGGGAGAUUCUGGAAUAAAAAUACUGUCGAAGAUACUGACUGACUCCAAGUCAAAAACACAAACUGUCGGACUUGCAGAUAAUAAUCUUACACAUUGCUGUGCUGAAGAUCUGGUCUCGCUUACCACUGCAACCUCGCCGCUGAAGGAGCUGGAGCUGGGUUAUAACAAACUAGGGGAUUGCGGAGUAAAACUAUUGUCUGCGGCUCUGGGGCUCCGCGAGUGCAAACUACAAAAACUACGCCUGAAUAAGAAUGAUCUCACUUCUGCUUGUGCUGAGGAACUCGCCUGCGCUCUCUGCACAAAUCGCUCACUGACGGAGGUUGACUUGGGUGAUAAUGAACUAGGAGAUACUGGAGUGGAGCUCGUGUCUGCCGCUCUGGUAGAGACGGAUUGUACAAUACAGAAAUUGUGUCUGAAGAACAACGGUUCCACAUGUUCUCCAGCCGAGAAACUCGCUACUGUUCUUCGUAGAAGCCGUUCGCUGAAGGAACUGGACCUAGGUCAUAAUAAGCUGGGUGAUCGGGGAAUGAAACGACUGACUACGGCUCUGAGCGACUCAGACUGUCAAAUACAGGAACUGAGAGUAGAAGACAACGGCCUCACUUACUCUUGUGCCGAGGAUCUCGCCGCCGCUCUCUGUGCAACCCCCUCGCUGACUAAACUGAAAUUGGGUGAGAACUGCUUGGGGGACUCAGGAGUAAAAGUGUUGUCUAGAGCACUCAUGGAUCCCGAUUGUAAAAUACAGAAAUUGAGUCUGAACAACAACCAACUUACCGACUCCAGUGCACGAGAUAUUGCCUCCACUCUGAAUGCAAACAUUUCGCUGACGCAACUGGAUCUCGGUGAGAAUACGCUGGGAGAUUCGGGAGUAAAAAUGUUGUCUGUGGCUCUCAGAGAUUCGGACUGUAACAUCUAUCUAAGUAGUAAUCACCUCACAGCAUCUUGCACUCAUGACCUGGCGUCUGCUCUCAGUUCAUUGACCGAACUGUCAGUGGGUGAUAAUAAACUGGGAGAUGCAGGGGUGCGAGUGCUGUCUGAAGCACUGAAGGACACAGAAUGUAACAUCCAGGAACUGCGAUUGAAUAAUAAUGGUCUCACGCAGUCCUGUGCCGAGGAUCUCGCAGCUGCCAUCAACACAAAUGACUCUCUGACGGGGUUGGAUCUGAGUGAUAAUAAAUUGGGAGAUUCUGGAAUUAAAGCGUUGAAUGCAGCCCUGGUGAAUCCAGAAUGCAAAAUAGAGAAGCUAGGACUUGGCCGCAUUGUGCUCACUGAUUCGAUCUUCGAGGACUUCAUCAGCACUCUCAGUGCAGCUCGUGUAAUGAAGGAUGUCAGCCUGGAAACAAACUUGUCCUCAGACCAAUCUGGGCCAUCUUUCUGCACGAGCAAUGAACAGAAGUCUGGAAUGGAUGCAAUGGGUGUUUCUUCUGAUCUUUAGCUGAAUGUAUAGAAGUGCGUUUUGUAUCUCAUUCAUACGCACCAUGACCAUAUUGCAGCGGGUCUCCAAUUUAACACUGAUGAAUAUCUGUGAUAUGCUUCAAAUUACGAUAGAAUUUAAACCUUCCUUUCAAAAUAGCAUAGAAGUAAAGAAGGUACUCCAAUUGCACCAUACAUCAGUGAACCAGCUCC